GCGGGAAGUGUAAUAUGUGUAAUGUGUGUGGGUGUGUCUAUCCUUGGCUUCCUUGUUAGUGCGUCUGCAUGAUGGUUGGGGGGUGGUAAUAAUAGUAAGCAGGCUAUCCUUAUCCCACUCCAUCCGAUGCAGGUAUUCCCAUGCCCGGGUCAGCCUGUCGCAGAGUUGUCCACCCGUCGUCACACACACCUCCAGCCCUCCAUCCGUCCCUCCGUCCCUCCAUCAUCCCCGAUGCACACCAGCCAAUCAGCCCGUCCGGCCCAUCACGAAACCAUCCCACCCCCCCUCCUGUGCGCCCAGCCACACCCACCCACCGUCCUGAAACCCCAACCGCACCAGCACCAGCGCCAGACUCAGCAUGAGCACCAUCAGCAUGAGCAUCAGCACCGGCAUCGGCACCGGCAAAAAAGAAAAAAUUAAGAAAAACGGAUAUCCGAUAUCAUCAGCCCGUAAGCGGCAAGCCCCAGGAACGCAGCGAGCAGCGCAGAUGCCCGAUUCGCCGCGCGCGCUACGCUAGGCGCUUGCAGCUACCCUUCCUCCU